AUGACCAACCCCGACGCCGUCAGAGACAAAUUCUACGAGGACCUGCACGCCCUCUUGGCGACUGUGUCGAAGGCGGACAAGUUGAUUGUCCUUGGUGACUUUAACGCCCGCGUCGGCACAGACCAUACUGCCUGGAGGGGAGUGCUGGGUCCCCACGGUCUCCGCGACUCCAACGACAACGGCCUGCUUCUCCUCCGCACCUGCGCAGAACACCGCCUCACCCUGACGAAUACCUUCUUCUGCCUGCCGGAGCGAGAGAAGGCCACCUGGAGGCAUCCUCGGUCGCGUCAGUGGCACCUGCUGGACUAUGUCCUCGUCCGGAGGCGAGAUCAGCGGGACGUGCUAGUGACGAAGGCGAUCGCGGGUGCUGACGGGUGGACCGACCAUCGCCUCGUCAUCUCGAAGAUGCGUAUUCGCCUACAGCCUCGCAGGAGACCACAAGGUAAGCGACCCCCAGGUAAGCUGAAUGUUGUUUUGUUGUCUUUGCCUGCUCACCAUCUUCAUUUCAGCAAUGAGCUAGCUCAACGGCUAGACAACCUUCCUAUCGCUGCCGCCGCCGACGACGCCGCCGCCGCCGAUGCUGAGAACGCCUCCGUGGAGAACAGCUGGUGUCAACUGCGGGACACAGUCCAGUCGACGGCGCUCGCCGUCCUCGGUCGCGCUCCCCGCCAACACCAGGACUGGUUCGACGACAACGACGCUGUCAUCAGAAAUCUGCUUGCCGAGAAGAACCGCCUACACAAAGCCUACGUAGAGCACCCAACUGAGGGCAACAAAGCUGCCUUCUACCGCAGUCGCCGCCAGCUCCAGCAACGACUGCGCGAGAUGCAGGACGCCUGGACUGCUCGCAAAGCUGAGGAGAUCCAAGGCUACGCGGACCGCAACGAAUGGAAGAACUUCUUCUCCGCGAUCAAAGCUGUCUACGGUCCGCCGACGAAGGGCACUGCUCCUCUCCUCAGCGCCGACGGCAGCACUCUCCUGACUGAGAAGACGCAAAUCCUGCAGCGAUGGGCCGAGCACUUCCGAGGCGUCCUCAACCGCCCUUCCGUCAUCUCCGACGCCGCCAUCGCCCGCUUGCCGCAAGUGGCGACCAACGCGGGCCUCGACCUCCCGCCAUUUCUCCAGGAGACCAUCAGGGCCGUGCAGCAGCUCUCCAGCGGGAAAGCACCCGGAUCGGACGCAAUCCCUGCUGAGGUCUACAAGCACGGAGGUCCCCAACUGAUGGAUCAGCUGACUGCGCUCUUCCAGGAGAUGUGGCGUCAAGGUGAAGUCCCGCAAGAUUUCAAGGACGCAACUAUCGUGCACCUUUACAAGCGAAAAGGGAAUCGCCAAGUCUGCGACAAUCACCGCGGCAUCUCCCUGCUGAACAUCGCCGGGAAGAUCUUCGCUCGCAUCCUGCUCAACCGCCUCAAUAACCAUCUGGAACAGGGCCUUCUGCCGGAAAGCCAAUGCGGCUUCCGUCGUCAUCGUGGGACCACGGAUAUGAUCUUCGCAGCCCGCCAACUUCAGCAGAAGUGCCAGGAGAUGCGGACCCACCUGUACUCUACCUUCGUGGACCUGACGAAAGCCUUCGACACGGUGACUCGUGAAGGACUGUGGAAGAUCAUGCAGAAAUUCGGCUGUCCGGAGCGAUUCACUCAGAUGGUGCGUCAGCUGCACGACGGUAUGAUGGCGCGAGUCACGGACAACGGAGCUGUCUCAGAGGCAUUCGCAGUGACCAACGGAGUGAAGCAGGGCUGUGUGCUGGCGCCUACCCUCUUCAGUCUCAUGUUCUCUGCCAUGCUGAUGGACGCCUACCGCGACGAACGCCCUGGAAUCCGCAUCGCCUAUAGAACGGACGGUCAUCUCCUGAAUCACCGGCGCAUGAACUUCCAAUCGCGUGUAUCCACAGCCACCGUGCACGAACUCCUCUUCGCCGACGACUGCGCCCUAAACACCACCUCAGAAGUGGAGAUGCAACGGAGCAUGGACCUAUUCUCCGCCGCCUGCGAGAACUUUGGGCUGGUUAUCAACACGCAGUAG